AAAAGGAAAAAGGUUAAUUCUACUUUCGGAAAAGCGGGAAAGAUUGAACAAGAAGGUGCGUAUUUGGCGACCAUCUUGAUCGGCAACUUCCCAACUGACUGUCCAUUUUCGAUUUCAUCCCUCGUCGGUCGUCGCAGAUCUGAGACCUUCCUUCUUGCCUUCUAUCUGCAUUUGCGAUUCCACUUCAUUGCCACCGCAUUCACUAGUUUUGGUGCCGGAUUCAGGACUGUUAAUUUUGAGAACUACGAGCUGAAAAUGGUGCUGAUAUCGGUCGUUCGGGAUUAUAUCAACAAGAUGUUGCAGGACAUCUCCGGCAUGAAGGUUUUCAUCCUCGAUUCUCAGACGGUUAGUGUCGUUAGUGUGGCGUACUCACAGUCGGAGCUUCUUCAGAAAGAAGUGUUUUUGGUUGAAUUGGUAGAUACCAUAUCGAUGUCAAGAGAAUCCAUGUAUCAUCUGAAAGCGGUUUGCUUUCUCAGGCCUACAUCAGAGAAUAUACAGCUUUUGCGUCGUCAGCUGGCCAAUUCUAGAUUUGGGGAGUAUCACCUUUUUUUCUCCAACAUUUUGAAGGAAACUCAGAUUCAUAUACUAGCUGAUUCAGACGAGCAGGAUGUUGUGCAGCAAGUUGUGGAAUUUUAUGGCGAUUUCAUGGCCAUUGAUCCUUAUCAUUUCACUUUAAAUAUGGCAUCAAACCACAUAUACAUGAUCCCGGCAGUUGUUGAUCCACCAAGUUUGCAACAUUUCUGUGACCGAGUUGUAGAUGGCCUUGCAGCACUUUUCUUGGCGUUAAAACAAAGACCUGUUAUUCGGUACCAAAGGACUUCUGAUGUUGCCAAGAGGAUAGCACAGGAAACAUCAAAACUAAUGUAUCAGCAAGAAAGUGGUCUGUUCGAUUUUCGAAGAACAGAAAUCUCCCCUUUGUUGCUGGUAAUUGAUAGGAGGGAUGACCCGCUGACUCCCCUGCUGAAUCAAUGGACGUAUCAGGCAAUGGUUCAUGAAUUGUUAGGUAUUCAAGACAAUAAAGUGGACUUGAAAAGCAUUGGGAAAUCUUCAAAGGAUCAUCAGGAGGUUGUGCUAUCAUCAGAGCAAGAUUCGUUUUAUAAAGCUAAUAUGUACAAUAAUUUUGGAGAAAUUGGAAUGAAUAUCAAGAAGUUGGUGGACGAUUUUCAGCAAAUUGCCAAAAGUAACCAGAACAUACAGACAAUAGAGGACAUGGCCAAGUUCGUUGACAAUUAUCCAGAGUACAGAAAAAUGCAUGGUAAUGUUUCGAAACAUGUGACAUUGGUGACAGAGUUGAGUAAAAUAGUUGAGGAGCGAAAGCUUAUGUUCGUUUCACAGACAGAACAGGAAUUGGCUUGCAAUGGUGGGCAAAUGGCUGCUUUUGAGGCGGUAACAAGUCUUUUGAACAAUGAGAGUACUUCUGAUAUAGACCGCAUGCGCUUAGUUAUGUUAUAUGCCUUACGCUAUGAGAAGGAGAGCCCUGUCCAACUGAUGCAGCUUUUCAAUAAAUUGGCUUCUUGUUCUGCCAAAUAUAAAAAAGGGCUUAUACAGUUUCUUUUAAAACAAGCUGGUGUUGAUAAGCGAACGGGCGAUCUUUAUGGAAAUCGAGAUCUUUUGAAUAUUGCCCGUAACAUGGCUCGUGGAUUAAAGGGGGUUGAGAACGUUUACACUCAGCAUCAACCUCUUGUCGUCCAGACUAUGGAAAGUAUAAUCAAGGGACGAUUGAGAGAUGUCGACUAUCCGUUCGUUGGAAAUCACUUUCAGCAAGGAAGGCCACAAGAAGUCAUAAUUUUUAUUGUCGGUGGGACGACAUAUGAAGAGUCACGCUCAGUAGCCUUGCAAAACUCGACUACUUCUGGAAUACGUUUUAUACUAGGUGGUUCUGUUGUUCUAAAUUCUAGGAGGUUUUUGAAGGACUUGGAAGAAGCUCAGCGUAAAUCUCGAUCGAGUGCCACGGUGAUUUGAAUCUCAACAUCCUCCAAAGUAACAAUUUCCGCUCAUAGUAGAACACAUCUAAAUGUCCCAUUUGUGGCGUAUACAAAAAUCAACAAUAUAAUAUAAUUGAGAUGUUAGCAUCUAGA